UAUAGCUUUUUAAUUUUUCUGCAGAAAUAUUUUCGGUCAAACUGAAUUAUACAGUUGAAAGCCUGUCCGCAGCAAAUUUUGCUUAGGAAGUUGGAUAUUUAUUUUAGCAAUAGUACGCAAGUGUAUACCGUUUCUUUUAGGUACAUGGUGUGUGACAAAAUACAAUCCUAUUCUAUCAGUGUAUAAUCAAACCAAUACAUUUAUUCAAUAUUUGGUACCAUUUUUCAUUAAUUUUAUAUUAACAGUCAUUUUAAUUUCAUUAAUUGCACAUAAACGAGCUGCUAUUGCUGAUAAUAAUAAGACAUUGACAACAGUAUAUCGAGAACAAUUUCAAAAACGAAAAGAUUUGUUUAUACCAUCUAUUAUCAUUUUAUUUUGUGCACUACCACAAUUUCUCNUCUGUUCUUAUUUACCACAAGUACUCGGCUACUAUUUAUAUAUUGUACCAUCAACAUUUUACAGAGAAGAAUUCAGUGCAACAAUAUUUGGAAAAAUAUUAAAAGAAAAGAACAGACGAACACAACUAGAGCAGCUUGAACGAACCAAUAGAACAACAAGAUUAGAAACAAUAAAAAACUAA